UCUGCAGUUCCUACUAUCUCUAAUAGUUAGCGUGUGCUUUUGCAUAGUUAUUUAGGAACUAGUUAAUGUGUGGGAUGGUGAAUGAUGAAAGUCACGUGACAUGGAACUUCAAAGUGUAGGCAACUUGUCUGAGUCAAUUUCUAUUCCCUGAUUCUGCAUGUUUAAUAUAUACUGGGAAUGAGGAAACUGUAAUUCUUGAACACAGUAAAUUGCCUUUUGAAUGGAUAGUCAUCUGUUGAAAUUUUAUUUCUUUAUUUCAGCACAGGCAAUGGUAAAUCACUUUCAGAGGAUGCCUCCAGGAAACCUUUCUGCUAGUCAGCCAGGAUCUCAAAUGAUCUACACAUUUCAACAAAGUAUUCCAGCUCACAAUGUUACCAAGUUAUCACAAGAUCAAACUGGCCUGGCACAACCACACCAAAAUACUGCAGUGACUCUUGUACAAAGCCGAACUCCAAUUACAAGUGAUGCAGUCAAGUGUACAGUUGCCCAGUCUCCAACAUCUAGCACUCAUUCUGGAGUUACAGUUCCAUAUUCAUUAACUGGAACCAGCAUACCACCUGGAAUAGUGAUCCAAAACCAUGCCACCACAACACAAUCAUCAGUUAAAAUAACAACUUCUCAGCAAAUGCUUCACCAUCCACAGGUCUUUGAACAGCAGCUUCCUGGCCACCAGCUCUCCAUACCAGCAGUAUCUUCUAAUCAGGUGAAUACCUCUACAGCAACAACAGUUACUGUAUUACAGCAAGCUGUCUCUCAUAGUCAUGCAGCAGUUGGCAGAGUUCAAAGUACACCAACCCCCACUGUCACUGUUUCCCAAGGACAGCUGUUAUCCGGUGCAGUAUUGCACUCUGUACAAACGCCACGCCAGCAGCCAAAAACACACAACCAGCAAGACACCGUUCUGUUGGCACCUCAGCACUAUUCCUCUACUCCAAGUCCCACUGUUGUAUCUGGUGCUGCCGUGCCAAAUUUUCAAGUCUCAGCAGGUCAAGUAGUUGCAAUUGCUGGUGUUCAAAGCCCUCCAGCUCCUAGGAUGAGUUUCCAGAAUAUAGCACCAAAACCAGCAGGAAUGCCACCACAGCAAGUUCAGUCUACCAUAAUACAACAGCAACCCCAGCAAAGUGUACAUGUGAUUGUUAGUCAGCCAGCUCAACAGGGACAGAGUUUUGCCCCUGCCAUUCAUCAAAUAUUGUUAACAAAUCCAGCUACUAUUCAAGCUAGCCAAGCUAUUCAUUUGGCUGGAAAGGCAAAUGUGACCUCUUCGUCCUCGCCAUCCGUACCUGUCAACAACACACAGGUACAAGUGGGCUUAGUUACUCAACCAUCCACCCCUCAACAACAGGGGCCUCAAACAGUGAGUAAGAUGCUAUCUGUGAAACGGCAGCAACAGCAACAACAGCAUCCUCAAAAGCAGUUCCAAAUGCAGCUUCAGUCCCAGCAGACCAAUACUGCAGUUAGUCAACCACCCUCUGGGGAGUCCAGUUUAAUAAAACAAUUACUUCUUCCCAAAAGAGGUCCGCCUACUCCAGGUGGUAAACUCAUAUUGCCUGCUCCUCAAAUGCCUCUCCCUUCUAAUACCAGAGCUCCUAGUCCUCAGGUGGUCUACCAAGUAACUCCUAAUCAGGCAAGUAAUUUUGGAGUUCAAGCCCAAGGUCAGCAAUUAGUUGUUGGCCACCAAAAUGUGCAACUUGUUCAAGGUCCCAUCCAUUCACAGGGAUCUGUGCAGACAGUGCCCAUUCCUCAUAUGCAGAUUUUACCAGGUCAAUUGAUCUCUGCUAGUAACACUGCUGCUCUUCUCCAGGGAACAACCGGCAACCAAGUUACUAUUACUGUUGUGCCAAAUACCACCUUCACUGCUGCAGCUGGGAGUCAUGGCAGCGGAACACAGAUCAUUGCACCUGCAGGAAUUGCUGUCAGUGGGCCUCAUGCAGGAGUUGGUCUCCAAGUACAAGCAUCUGCAUCCACCUUGACACCACAGAGUGGACAGGUAAAAAGCUCAGAAUCUGGGAUUGCGUUCACAGGUGACAAAAUUAUUUGCCAGAAGGAGGAAGAAGCAAAAGAUACAACAGAUUUACAUCUGCAUGAACGUAAAAUUGAAAUUAUGGAGAAUCCUUCCUGUUCAGAGGGAGGUACUGCUACCAAUGGUGAGUUAAAGGAAAGCAAAAUACAAGCAACAAAACUUGUAAAUGGAAAAAAUCAUGAUAAUUCGCAUCUACCUCCAUGUAACUCAGGGAUUGCUCAGUCUGAGCCCAUCCAGUGCACAAUGGCCUCAAAUGGACCUUUGACAGGAGUACGUGAAAAUGUAACCAAUGGGAAGCUGAAUGUAGAGUAUGCAGGAGUGCAGGAAAUUAAGAAAGACCUUUUGAAAAUGCCUAUGGUUAAUGGGAUCUGCGAUUUUGAAAAAGGAGAUGGUUCACACUUGAGCAAAAGCAUUCCAAAUCAUAGAGCUUCCAACCACGUGGAAAAUGGUGAUGUCACUGCAGAGGAGCAAUGGCGCAAAAUGGACUGUAAUCAGCAAAACACUGCCAAAAGUGGUCAAUCGACCAAAGUGCAUAAUGGACCCGUUUCAGUGGGAAAUUCUAGUGCUAUCUGUACAGUCAUUUCAAGCUCAGACGAGCAAAUCGGUGAUACAAACUCAGGAUUAUCCAACGGACCUGUGACAGCUGGCAUUUGUUCAGUGGUGCCUCCAUUUCAGCAAUGCUCAACUUCAGCUGUUUCUGUGCAGUCUUUGCUUCCUCAUGCUCCCCAGGUGCAUUGCCCUCCAGUUCCACACCAACCUGGACCUGUAGCUGUGCAUUCAGUUCAACUAUAUCAGACUCCAACCAAUGGUACAACUGAGAGUCAGCUUUUAAAAAGGCCAGCUGAUUGCAAAGAUAGUACAUCAGGAAUACCAAAUAAAGUGGGAGUAAGAAUUGUUACCAUCAGUGAUCCUAAUAAUGCUGGCUGCAGUUCAACAAUGGUGGCUGUGCCAGUAGGAUCUGAUUCCAGUACUAUAGCCAAAAUAGCAAUGGACAAUGUAACACAGCAAAAUCAGCAUUUGUCUGUUAUUUCACAGGGUGUGGUUAAUCAGGUAAGCAAGUUAUUAAAUAUUAUAGAUCAUUUCUAUUUUGUUUGCCACUUGCACAAACUUGUAUUUUUGAAUUGACUACAGUUCCUUGUAAAAUUUUCCAUUUGAUACUGAUGCUUCGCUUUAGGAUCGGAUGCAUUUGUGUAGUUUAGUUUGAUUUUAUACUAACAUUAAUUUGUUACAUUUGCCAUCUACUAAAGAAGUGGAAAAUUGUUGUCUACCAUACAAUUUAAAAAGAACAUAGACGGCUUGCGAUAAUAUAUGCUAGUAAAAAUUCAGAUUUUUUUUGUAUCAUAUUAAAUAACUUCAAUGUAAAAGGGUGAUUAUGGUGUUCAGAAAAUGACAUUAUGACUGCCUUCCACUCCAUGUUCUUGAUUUCACACCUGUUUUUUAUAAUGAUUUUUGCUAUUACAACUUAUUCCAAACCCUUGUCCUUUGCUGUGCCGGAUUUAAUUACCUUGUUCGUGUUCAAAAUCUGUGAAGUGAAUGCUUGUUCAAGAGUUAACAGGAGAUAUUGGGACAGAUUGAGUGAAAUUGUUAGAAAGUUAUCCAAGGUCUGAAGAGCCAUGUGUCAAUUCAUUUUAGUCAGCACUUCCAAAAUUAUUAUUCAUACAGAUUAUUUUGCAUGUUUCCUACUGCUACUUGUUAGAUCGCUUUUCUACCUAGGAGUCUUUUAAACGAUUGACAUCACCAAACUGUGUGGUCUUAGUGCCAUUUUUCCCAAAACAAAUUAUAAGUAGAUUCAAGAAACCAUGGCAUUUUCAUUGUACUUUCCUCCACUACUCUGCAGCAAAAAAUAUCCCAGAUUUUCUGGUAAUAAUGACGAUAGAAGCUGUUGGAAUUUGCUGUGGUCAUAUCUCUGAAACUGACAGCAACGUCUGGAGUCUGCAUAUGUUCACUUAAAUUCUUUGCUGCCAUAAUUAUAUAUUGUGCCCAUUGGGUGCAGUGCAAGUUCCCUCACUCUAACUUUAUGAAAAUCAUUCAAUUGCUGAGAAGUUGCCUCCUUUGUGUUGCUGCAUAUGUACUUGAAUGAGGUGUAACUUCGUAACAACAUGCUCAACUUGUAAUUUCUGAUAAACAACCUCCUUUGUUUUUUGAAAAACAAUCACAUUUUUAAAUUGUUUUGAAGUUUAUUUUAUAUUUCAGCAUCUACUUUAAUUCCCUGUAGUAUGUUCUGAUCAUUUAUUUUGCUUUCUAUAAAAUCUUAAUUAAAACUGAAAGAAUGGUGCAAUUUUACUUCCUGGUUUUUUGUCCAUAGAGAGAUUUCUGUGUAAUUGGCAGCUUAUCCAGCUUGAUGAUGUCCUCACUAGCUGCUUGGUGAACCCCUUGACACCAGAUUCCAACUGAGGUCAGGAAAGGGGAAAUCCAUAGCGCAGAGAUCUCUGGAUUCAUUGCUUCCUGUAAAAUCUAGCCUCUUUUGUGUACAUUGUAUUCUUCCAUUUGUUAAUUUCCAAUCUGUAUUUAGCUGCUUUGUAUUUUCAGUGCAAUUUAAUUUUGACUGUUCUAAAGAUUUACAGAUUUCACAAACAUAGUUUAAUUGUAGCAGCGUUUAAGAUAUUAUUGCUGUGACUUCUAGGUUUUUUUUUAAAACUCCAGAAACUCUGUGGUAUGAACUAAUGUCUAGGAAAGGUGAUGCUUUGUCACAAAUUCAUGAAAACACUCUUGUUUAAUGUCAAUUUUGGGCAAGAAACUCCAGCAAUAAAUCAUCAGGGACAGAGUGAACUGAACACUUGAACAAGUCUAUGCUGACCUGUGUUGAUGUCGGAACAGUAGGUCAAGUCUGACUAAUUGAAUUCUUAAGGUCAGUCACAUCAUGGGCAGGGAUGGCAUCUGUGUCCCUUUGGGCUCCUAGAAGGCAUUUAGUAAGAUAAGAUUAUUAACAAAAAUUAGAGCAGAAUUAGAAGUAGCUUCCAUUUUCCAGCCUAUCAACCUAUGUCACAGAGUAGAUAUAAAAGAUAUGUGACAAGUGGUGUUCUCCAGGAUCUGUGCGAGAAUCUCCAUAUAUCAGCAUGCAUAUUGAUAACUUGGGUAAAGAAAGGGUGUUUUCUAGUUGGUGGGGAUACAGUAAUGUGCUGUGUUUUUCAACACACACACUGCAGAACGUAGACACAUAAAACAAAGCUGACUGAUCAAGUUCAAUAUUAGAAAGUAUGAUGGAUCAAAAGAAAUGAAAUCAGCAUGUUCUCUUUGAUAGCAGAAGCUUGGGAAUUUAGAGAGAGAAAAGAUUUUGGUGCUCAGAUAGAUACAUAAAUCAGUAAAAGCUAGUAUGCAGAUUGCUGUUGGUAAUCACUUGCUAAUGAGUAUAAUUAUUCACGAAGGAAAUUCCUUGUCACUGGUCAUAGGCAUUGCAAUAAAAUAAUCAAACAGUUAAUGGGUAAAUCUUACUUUUAUUAAGAAGUUCGGAAUACAAAAAUGAAGAAGUUUCAGUUCACUUGUGUAGUGCCUUGAUCAGACUUCCUAUCUGGAGUAUUGCAUUCAUUUCUGGACACUGUCUCAGUAAGGGCUUGUUGGUCUUAGAGGGGAUCCAGUGCAGAUUCACUAGAAAAAUACUGAGACUUCCACAAUAAAGUUAUGCAGAUAGAUUGCAUAAAUGCAACUUUGAUUGCCUUGAGUUUAGAAAGUCAAGCGGUGAUUUAAGUGAGCUGUUCAAAAUUAGAAUAAGGUCUGGUGUAGUUGGUGUUGAAAAACUGUUUUCUCAGCCAGUCUCAUCUAAUAUGAUUUAUAUAUGUAAUCUUGUCCUUUAGCCAUAUUAACAGCAUCACCAGUAGCAACCCAUCAGAUCAAUUUUCAA